GAAGUUAGCACGUGUGUGUGUGAAAGAGAGACACUAACCUGUAUAUAGUUUUGAAAGUAUUUUAAAAUAAUAAUCACUGUUUUGAAUGUUUCUUUCAUCAUGGGAAAAUUAAGGAAACGCUUUAAUUGGAAAGCCCGACAAGUAGUGAAAAACGACGAGACUAAAAAUGAUGCUAAAGAUGAACAGAUACAACUUGACCUACAGGUUCGAACAGAGAGCUAUGAUAGCUGCAAUGUUUUAGCCUUACCCAGUAAAAAAGAAAAGAUUAAAAAAGCUGUAGUAACAGAGAAGCCUUCCAAAAGACCACUAUCAAAAAAGCAACAAAAGAAACUUGAGAAAAUUUUAGAAGCAAAGAAAAAGAAAUCAAAUAGAUCUCAGCUUUUUGAAGAAUUACAAAAAGUUCAAGCAACUCAAGAUGAAUUGGCUCUACUGACAUCAACAGCUUUUAUGCAAACAAAGGGGUUAAAGAGAAAUUGUCAUGAAUUAGGAAUUGAUUCAAAAUUCCAAAAUGAUGUUAAGAUGAACAGCAUAAAAGGAAGCAAGCCCUUUAAAGAAAGACAGAAAAGAGGAAGAAUGGAGAAUGCUAAUGUGGUGGGAAUUGAUGUCAGUAGCAGCAGUGAAGGGUCAGAUGUGGAAGAUGUUGUAAAUGAAGGUAAUAUUGAAAGCAAACAAGAUCAGUCAAAAGAUGAAUCCCAUAUUGAAAAUGUUACACCUAUGUUGACUGAAGAAGUUUAUAAACAGAACAAAAACAAAGAAGUUAGCAAACAGGUUCAGUCAUCGCAAGAAUUGUUGGAAGAAAAACAACUAAAAGGGCCAAAGAAAGAAAAUGAUGCUUCAUCUACUCCCCAAAACAAACCAGCCAUCUUUGUCACUCUAAACAGAUCUCCAGAGAUACAGGCUGCGCGUCUUGCAUUACCAAUUCUGGCAGAAGAACAAGUCAUCAUGGAAGCCAUUAGUGAAAAUCCUGUGGUUAUUCUUUGUGGAGAAACAGGAUCUGGAAAGACAACACAAGUCCCUCAAUUUCUAUAUGAAGGAGGAUAUGCUAGAGAAGGUCUUAUUGGAAUUACAGAACCCCGUAGGGUGGCAGCCAUCACUAUGUCUCAGCGCGUUGGUAUGGAAAUGAAUCUGUCCAGUCAGGAAGUUUCCUACCAGAUUCGAUUUGAAGGAAAUGUAACAGAAAACACAAAAAUCAAGUUUAUGACAGAUGGAGUUCUGUUGAAAGAGAUUCAGAAGGACUUUCUUCUGAUUCGUUAUUCAGUAAUCAUCAUUGAUGAGGCCCACGAGAGAAGUGUGUAUUCUGAUAUUCUCAUUGGUCUGUUGUCACGCAUUGUUCCUCUGAGAGAAAAGAGAAAUAACCCUCUCAAGUUGGUCAUAAUGUCAGCCACACUGAGAGUAGAAGAUUUCACAGAGAAUCCCAGAUUGUUUAAGAAGCCCCCUCCGGUUAUUAAGGUGGAGUCUCGUCAGUUUCCUGUCAGUGUUCAUUUUAACAAACGUACUCCAGUUGAAGAUUAUUUGGGAGAUGCUUACAGAAAAAUAUGUAAGAUUCAUCGACAACUACCAGAGGGAGGAAUACUUGUGUUUGUUACUGGUCAACAAGAGAUAAAGUCACUCUGCUGGAAAUUAAAGAGGACUUUUCCAUUUGCCAAGAAACAACAGUUCAAGACUUCAAAUGAAAAUUCUAGCACCAAAGAAGAAGAAAAUAUUCAGGAUUCAGAUGGUGAAUGGGAUGAUGUAAAGUCUUUCAAACAAAAGUUCAAGGGUGGAGAGAAAAAAAGGAUGCAGAAGAAAGGAAGAAAAUUCGAACUGUUGCCUAAAAUUAAUCUUGAUGACUAUUCAGUCGAACCAAUGGAUGAAGAACGAAUACAAGAAGAGAUGGGAGAAGAUGGUGACAACUUGUUCUCAGAUGAAGAUGAUGAUUAUAGGGUACAAGGUGACCUUGGGAAGCAGACUAGUCAACCAUUAUUUGUUCUUCCAUUGUACUCCUUACUUGCACCAGACAGACAAGCUAAAGUUUUCCAACCCCCACCAGAGGGUACCAGGUUGUGUGUUGUGGCAACUAAUGUUGCAGAAACCUCACUGACAAUUCCCAAUAUUAAGUAUGUAGUAGACACUGGGAAGGUGAAAACCCGUGUUUAUGAUCAAGUUAGUGGAAUAUCUGCCUUUUUGGUCAGUUGGACAUCUAAGGCAUCAGCUAAUCAGAGAGCUGGUCGAGCUGGAAGGACAGCUCCUGGUCAUUGCUAUAGGUUGUAUUCAUCAGCCGUCUUCAAUGAUGAAUUUACCCAGUUUUCUGCCCCAGAAAUUACCAGGAGGCCAGUAGAUGAUCUGGUAUUACAAAUGAAGGCUAUGUAUAUAGACAAGGUGGUGAAUUUCCCAUUUCCAUCCCCUCCAGAUGAAGAAGCUUUAAAGGCUGGGGAGAAAAGAUUGAUCAUGAUGGGAGCUUUGUAUGAACCUAUAAGACCAACUCGCUUCAAAGAAGUAAAAAAAUGUGAGUUUCAUUGUAUUGAUGUCAUAUUUGUAAUGUUUGAUAGAAUAAAACUUCAAUAA